AUGGAACCAUUUCACCAGAGAUUUUCUUUGCAAGAUAAGACUAUACAAUAUCCAUUCUCUGAACACGAAAGAAUACCAAUUUGGCUUGCUGCUAGUUUUGCCGGACGUCCUCGACCAGAUUUUAUUGAUAGGUGCAAUCCGUUACCUGGGUCAGUCGAUGCUAGUCCUUUCGGACUUAGCAAUUCGAGUAUCUGUCAACAAACAAAUAAUCAUAUUAUGAGGGAUGGCUUCAAAAGUUUUGUAUCUGGUCAUUCAUCACUUUCAUUUUCUGGAUUGGGAUUUUUAUCUUUAUAUCUAGCUGGUAAAUUACACAUAUUUGAUAAUAAAGGACAUGUAUAUAAAAGUUUCGUUGUACUUUUUCCACUAGCUGUUGCAACAUACAUUGCAAUUACACGAAUACAAGAUUAUCGUCAUCAUUGGCAAGAUGUUGUGAGUGGUGGGUUAAUUGGGUUUAUCCUUUCGUUAUUUGCCUAUCAUCAGUAUUAUCCUCAUUUAAAUUCAUAUAUGUCACACAGACCUUUAUCAAUCCGAAUAAACCCACCUACUUCAGACCAUAAAGCAACGUUUACUUUUAAUGACGGAUCAACUUUCGAGAUCAAUGUUGUUCGAAAAGAUAAUACUUCUCCUUUAAAUGGCGUAAAGACAAUCGAACUUAUUAAAAAUGAUAUAAGUGAUACCCAAAAUCAUAAUGAGGAUAAUUCUCAAAUAGUCUAA